UACCAGAUCGCCACAGCCAAGCAAGACCGACGAGACAGAAAUGCAGAAGAGGGACCAGAACAAAUCCGCUGGCUCAGCUGGUGGCGCUACCGCGCCAGCGGCCAAGAGGGGUCGCCCAUUCGGCAGCACAAGCAGCAACACCGCCUCGGCAUCCUCAGGCGACACCGUGGCUCCGUCCAAUCUCCUUGGCCCAUCGCUUCAAGUUCACUCCUCCUUUUUAGAUCAAAACAAUAAGCGAAUAGUUUUGGCUCUCCAAAGUGGAUUAAAGAGCGAAUUGACAUGGGCAUUGAACACUCUGACAAUGCUCUCUUUCAAAGAAAAGGAAGACAUGCGAAAGGAUUCUCUAGCUAAAAUCCCUGGCUUGCUCGAUGCUCUUCUCCAAGUUAUAGAUGACUGGCGUGAUAUAGCUCUUCCUAAAGAGCUCAGCAGUAAGCCUAGGGUUAGAACACUAGGUGCCAAUUCUCUGGUUACAGGAUUCGGUAACAGACACGAGGCAUUAGGAUCAAACAACAAUCUCACCCAUCCCGGAUUUGGGUCAGGUUCUUCUGUAACUGAAGUUCCAGGGCAGAAGAAUGCAGCCAAAGUUCGUCCUUCGGAGUGGUGGUUUGAUGAGGAUGGACUAUUUAAUUUAGAUGAAGAGGGGCGAGCAGAAAAGCAGCAUUGUGCAGUGGCUGCUUCAAAUAUCAUACGCAAUUUCUCUUUCAUGCCAGAGAAUGAAGUCAUUAUGGCCCAACAUCGGCAUUGCUUGGAAACUGUGUUCCAGUGCAUAGAAGAUCAUAUUACUGAGGAUGAGGAACUUGUUACAAAUGCCCUUGAGACAAUAGUAAAUUUGGCUCCACUGCUUGAUCUUCGAAUUUUCAGCUCAGCAAAGCCAUCUUACAUCAAAAUAACAGAGAAGCGUGCAGUCCAAGCUAUCAUGGGGAUGCUGGGUUCUGCAGUUAAAGCCUGGCACUGUGCUGCUGCAGAAUUACUGGGGCGCAUGAUAAUUAAUCCUGACAAUGAACCUUUCCUCUUACCCUUUGUUUCACAGAUACAUAAGCGUUUGGUAGAUCUUAUGAGCAUACAGGCAUUAGAUGCGCAAGCAGCAGCUGUUGGUGCACUCUACAACUUUGCAGAAGUUAAUAUGGAUUGCAGAUUGAAGCUUGCUAGCGAGCGGUGGGCAGUUGAUCGGCUACUGAAAGUGAUCAAGACGCCGCAUCCAGUACCAGAAGUCUGCAGGAAAGCAGCAAUGAUACUGGAGAGCCUGGUCUCUGAGCCACAGAACAGGGCCGUGCUGCUUGCUUAUGAGAAUGCAUUUGCAGAGAUUCUCUUCUCAGAGAGCAGAUAUUCUGAUACAUUUGCAAGGAUCUUGUAUGAGUUGACAUCUAGACCAAACUACAAAUUCACAGCAACUCGUGGUGUUUGGGGCGUGUGAUUAAAAGCCUGCAUUACAAGAUCAUCUAUAUCACAGUCGCAAGAAUGUUGUACUGAAACUUCAUUAAUGAGUAGAUCUUGUAAAUUUAAUCAGACAUGUAGGUUCCAUUUGGGCAUAGGUAAUAUGAUAAUUUUCUGUUUAUUUUGUGUCUGUUUCGUUGUUGAAAUCUUUUUUCGAGUGUAAUGUGGUGUAGCUUGGUGUGAUCAAACAAACACCGGCUUUCGUAGAAUAUGCAAUUGGGAGCUAAUAGUGAAGUUUUAUUUA